CCGCUUUAAACGCUGCUACGUACCGGAAGUAAGCUUGUUCUCAUCCUCUACCGUCUCGCCACAUCCAGGAGGCGUCCCAUGAAGUUGAACAUCUGAAGUCCCCCGGAAACGCGUUGUGCUCCUUCUGUCGUGCUUAGUCAGUGCUAUGAUACAUGAUAGUGCCGGCCAGGACCGAUAAUUCGUACCAUCUGAGCCAGCAAUUUCUGCUCCGCCCAUUGUAACUUCGUAGCCUCGUGUGGCGGAAAUACGGUUUGUAGCCGCCUGAUAGGUACAAAUAGGAAACUCCGCAACGCUUAGCACACCUCACUCCGCAGUGGGUUCCUCUUGUCUGCCUCGUCCACGCUGAGGUGUCCUUUCGCCCUCACACAUCCAUAGACCCACACAACGCUAUUCGCUACUUUACACACCGUUCCUCUCGUAUCGCUGUCGAAUCACCCUUUUCUGUUUGAAUCGCUCUCUCACCGUUUGUCGCUGAAUCGACUCGUCGUUUGCGCAUCUUUCGCUCUUCUCUGCUUUUCAUCUACUCACCGCUUCUCUUUUUCUUCCCUACCUCUCUCGCUAUCCAAGUCUUUUGUUGUUUUUUUGCUUCCUUUGACGUCGCAUCGCAAGAAGAGGAAAACACAGAAACAGAAAAAAUUACCAAAAACGACUUGCCUUCUUCUGACCUGUCAUCGAUCCCCAGACUCUGCACCGAUCUCGUUGUGCUUCUUCCGUUAACGCCAUGUCACGUCCGGAGACGCAUAUGCACCAGCAUCCGCUUGAUUAUGACUUUAUCCAUGGUCGCGAUAUCCAGUUCGAUCCCGGCGCCACGGCCGCUUUACGCAGAAACCCCUUUGGGACGCGGGAUCCAGCUCAAGACACGUCCUGCUUCCCGCCGCGCGACGCCCUCUCCCCCGCCAGCAUCUACUCCUCCUCGCCCAACAACGCGUACAUCGCGGGCGACGCCGGCCGUACUGGCUCCGGUGGGUUAGCUUCGUCGGUCGUCUCACCGCCGAGAAUGUACAUGGCGGGACAGUCUGCAGGAAGCUUGGGCAGCAAUGACGCCUGGGCUGCGGCUCUUCCGUCGUUCUCGCCGAGCAAUAAUAGACCCAGCGUCGGCCCCAACGCCGCUGCGUCUGUUUCUUCGCCGGUGACCCAAGUCCAACCAGGUGGCCCUCAGAGCUUGGUACUGAACCACCACCAUCGCGCCUCCCCUCCCCGCACUUCUGCAGCCUUUGCGUCCCCUUCUCCUCCUUCAGUGUUCACAGAACGAGACAGAGACGCUCUCAGAGAUCUCUAUUAUACCACUCGUAUCAACCAGCAGACUAAUAACAACCCGCCCGUAAACCUCCAACAACACGCGCUCCCCUCUUCCCCCACUUCAACCACCUCUCCACGCUCCACGCUUUGGUGGGGAGAACUCGAGCCUUGGAUGGAUGAAGAGUAUGCAAAGCAGGUCUGCAACCUCAUGGGUUGGGACCCCGUCAACAUCAAGGUACCGCGUCCUGCUCCCGACCCGCUCACCGGUAGACAGGCCAAUAAUCCUGGCUAUUGCUUCCUGACAUUCCCUUCACAACAACAUGCCGCGUCUGUUCUCGCACAAAUCAAUAAUGGCGGGAGCGCCGGGAAUCUCACUAUGCCCAACUCAACUAGACCAUUCACGCUCAACUGGGCGUCGUCGGUCCCCGCCGCGCCUCUCUCUUCUGGCUUUGGGACUCCCACAAUUUCAAUUCCUGGAGCUCAGAACCCUCAGUACCCCAAGGAAUACAGUAUUUUCGUUGGUGAUCUUGCACCAGAGGUGUCGAACUCUGACCUCGUCGCCGUUUUCCGCAACCCAGUCCUAGGUUUAAGGAAUGAUAGGGAGCCGCGCUUCAUCCGUCCGUUCCUAAGCUGCAAGAGCGCGAAGAUCAUGCUUGACCCUGUCACGGGCGUGUCGAGAGGAUAUGGCUUCGUUCGCUUCACCGAUGAAGCCGACCAACAGCGGGCUCUUAUUGAGAUGCAUGGUCUUUAUUGUCUGUCUCGUCCAAUGAGAAUUUCGCCAGCUACUGCAAAGUUCAAGCCUGCUCCGGGGAUGCCUGGAAUGGAAUAUGGUCAACUCGGAUAUCCUGGUUUGAUUCCGAACAUGAGUCCUGUUCCUGAACAGCAACAGCAACAGCCGGUGACUGUUGCGCUUCCGUUGCCUAGUACAAACCAGACUAAGAGCGUUUCUACCCCGCUCGCCUCAUCUGCUAUUCCGUCGACGUCGGGCUCUGGUACCUCGCUCAGCAGCACUGUUGUGUCAGGAUCAUCUUCUCUGUCCGCGCCGUCGCUGAGCUCCAAUUCAAGCAGCACUUCGUCUUCAACGCUUGCGUCGGCUCCUUCUGAUACGGAGAUCAUCACUACUCCCCAACCGGUGAACAGCGCACCUCCAACCUCCACCGCUACUCCUGCGCCUAGUUCAGCUGUUCCCAACUCCAUUUCGGUCGGGUUGGCUCAGCCUACUCAAGACCAGCUGAUGGCGCAGAGGUAUAACAUACCCGAGGAGUCGUGGAAACAUCAUGCUCAAGCUCGCGCGAUCCUCUCAAACUUGAUCGGUCCCAACGGGGAGCAGCUAACAUCGUCGGAUCCAUACAACACGACAGUCUUUGUCGGAGGUUUGUCUCCUCUGAUCUCUGAGGAUACUCUUCGCACAUUCUUCGCACCUUUCGGUGACAUCCACUACGUAAAGGUUCCGGUCGGAAAGCACUGUGGUUUCGUUCAGUUCGUGCGUAAACCUGAUGCCGAGCGGGCAAUCGAGAAGAUGCAAGGUUUUCCUAUCGGUGGUAGCCGGAUUCGCUUGAGUUGGGGUCGUAGUCAAUACAAAGCUGCUCAAGCAGCGGCUCAAGCGGCUCAGGCAGCCGCGCUUCAGGCACAGUAUGAGGUUCAUGUCCCUGCUGCUCGCCCUCCCCCUCCUCCGGGGCUCACACCCGAGCAAGCAAUGCAGCUUCUGGAGAAGUUUGGUAUCUCACACUUCCUCCAGAACCCUGCUGCCAUGCAGACCGAGACACCGAAUGCCAACCCUGAGACAAACCAUUCUGCACCUGCAACUCAAGUCAAGAGUGAGCCAAGUGAUGCCACAAUUGCAUAUGAAUCUUUCACUUCUUCCUCGUUCGACUCUCGGUCGUCUGGACAGUUCAGCGCAAGUUCUUUCUCGCCAUUCUCUCCUGAUCCCAACUAUCUCAACGGGGGUGGGAAGAACAAUGGCCAAGGCGCAUCACCCCAACCCGCUUUAGCUCAGAACUUUGCUGCCUUCGCUGGUGGUAAGGGUUAUGCCCCGUGGUAUACGGUUCCUCAGCAGGAAGAGAAGUCUACCAGCAACAACGGAAAGGUCUCACCAACAUCUGGCCAGACCGCUCGUCCACCAAGCGCUAACCAACGCUUCGCAACGUUCCUCGGUGGAGAAGCCCAGAACAACUCCCCUUUCCAGACUCGUGCUUCUAGUCGUCAAGAGGCUCCCAUAGCCAGACCUGAUACGGCUCGCCGUGCCUCACAGACGCUCAUCUCUCCAGAGAAGUUCCAUGGUCGCGAACCUGACUACGAUCCAAUUCAUGAUCUGAACGGAACUCUAGCAAGUCUUGACUUGGAUAGUCAAAGUCUCUGGAAGACUGGCAGCGGAGAGGGCCCAAACGCCGUUCCCUCGUCUGACUAAUGCUCAAGAAUAUACGCCGUCGUCCCUCGAUGUCGACAUGCCAUGGAUACCAAUUUCACAAUGUCCCUUAUCUUCGAAUGUUUCAUCUGUUUUUCCUGGUUUUGUGUUUUCCUCCUUUUGCCUGUGUCGUCAAUGUUCAACGUCUGUCUCGAUAUACUAUCCCAGGCUGUCUUAUCCUUCGAACCUUUGUCUGUACGCUCUCGUGUAACGGCAGGCUUCUCUCGUUCUUCGUUUCUCUUCUGGCCUUGCCACGUCUGUUUCUCUCAUGCCACAUAAGUCACGCAUCUUGCAUUCCCUCCUUUUCUUCAUGUCCUGCGUGCGGAAUCUGCAGUUCACGUUUCAUUUUGUCUUUCCUCUUGUCCUCUUAACGAUCCCAAAUCGCAUUACUAUCCCCACCUCUCUCCAAUUCGUUCACCUCAAGUAGCUUACAAUAUCUACUCUCUACAUGUACAACUGUUCGUCAAACACAGCGUCGUCUGUUUCGUAGCAGUAAACAAUUCUCCCUCCAGUUUUGUGUUUUCUCGGUCGCAAUCUCACUCCUUGUUGGGUUCAGUUUCCUUCAUAUAUUUGAAUGUCACUUGCAACUAAUUCAAGUUGUGUAUAUUUUGAAUAUAUCUUCACUGUAUAGCUU